GUGCUUGUGGUGGAGGCAGGUUUUGGGUGGAAAUCUAGUGUCAUGCAUUCCCCGACAAGAGUGAUCUGAGGACUGAGCCCACAGUUUCAGAUCUGACAUUGUCUGUGCAAGCAACGCAACAGUGAUUUACACAGAAUGAGUGAAACAGCAGAGGCUGUGGCAGCUAACCUCAGCAGCCGAAGAAAUGUUACCAUCGAGAUCACCAACCUCACCAGAAACUACUGCCUAGCCAACCCCAAGGUUUUCCUGGAUAGUGGCAACACCCAUAUCCCACCACAACCCACGGUGCGCUCAAUGAAAACUGAGGUGUGCAACUUCAGCAAAAGUAGUGCUAAAGCUUCUGGUGCUGUGGGUGUCCUGACCUAUGACCUGUAUGAGAGGAGUAGGAAGGGCUCCAUCGAGACAGUGGCUAUCAUGUUCUCAGUGCCCUAUGACUACAAUCUGUACAAGAACUGGUUUGCUGUCGGAAUCUACAACAAGGGCAAAGAGUGUGACGAGGCUCUGUACAAAGAGAUGUAUUACGGCAAAGAUCAGAAGGGCUUCGUCCGGGAGAAGGCAAAUGGUUCAGGCAUCACCUAUGAGGGCAGUUACCUGGACAUCAAGGCCGGUAUGUCUCCACUGGGCCGGGCCAUAAUGAAGGUGGAGGUGUGGGACAAGCUCUUCACACCUGCAAUGAAACAGUCUUGCUAAGCUGUUCAUUUGUGUUGACAUAAUGCCAAUUCAGACACCAGUAUGUGCUGUUAGAUGUGUUCAAUCAUUUGUACAUGUGUGUUGCAACAACAUUAUAUUCACUGAUUAAAAAUCAUAAUGAAACUGU